AUGGCAAACGUGUUGAAAAGUUCUGCUGCUUCAGAAUUGAUCGCAAAAAUAUAUCUCAACGAACAGUUAGCCGACGUCCAUUUCGUAUUCGAAUUCGAUGAUGAUGUCCAAAAAGUACCAGCACAUAAAUUGAUAUUGGCAUCUCUUAGCCCGGUAUUCCAUACGAUGUUCUACGGAUCGUUGAAGGAGGGAAACGAAGUUAAAAUUGAAGAUGCAGACGCCAAUGCAUUCAAGGAGUUUCUCCAGUUUUUCUAUCUGGGCGAAGUGACGCUUAACAUGGAGAAUAUUGAGACCAUUGUUCGUUUGGCCGACAAAUACGAUGUUCUCGAAUAUGUGAAUGCUUGUGCCGUAUUUCUCAAAACUCAACUGAAACUGGACAACAUGUUCUGGGGCUAUCAAUUAGCCGUGAAUCUCAAAAAUGAUGAGCUGAUCGAGUUCUGUGAGGAACAAAUUGCCAGAUCGCCGAAGAAAAUCUUUGCUACUGAUGCAUUUCAACGUUGUGAUAAAAAUAUUCUAAAACGCAUUCUAGAACUGGACUUGACAUGCAAGGAAAUCAACGUAUUUGAAGCCUGUUUGACGUGGGCCAAACAUGCGUGUGAGAAAGAUGAGUUGGAUGCGACGCAAGCGGCGAAUUUGAGAUUUCAACUUGGUGACUCUUUACGCUCAAUUCGAUUCAGCGCAAUGACAAUUGAAGAAUUCUCCGCUAUUGAAAUGUCAAACGAUGGACUCUUCACUCCGGAUGAAUUCAAGGAUAUCAUGUUUACUUUAACAGCGAAAGCAUAUGAACCGAAGAUAUUCAAACAAAAUUCUCGACUUUACAAAUGGAAUGAAAGUGACAUUUUGAAGUGUGAUCGACGAAUUUCAGACAGGGACUCAGCAAAGAGGCUCAAGAGUUCAGAAUCCGUUUGGUUCACAUCAAAUCGAAUGGUACUCUUGGGAGAAAUUUAUUCCGCUUCCACAAACGGUACGAACAAUAAAUAUAAUCAUCGUAAUUUUAAUCAUCAUAAUUUUAAUCAACAUAAUUUGGAUUAUCAACAAAUCGAUGCUGUAAAUGUAACGAUCGCCGAAAUCGGCAGCGAUUCUUCAAAGAAAGUUUUGUAUGAGGGCACAUCAAGAACAUGGGAUUUUCAUUCGCCAUCUAAUCAAUACCGAUUGAAAGUGGUGUUACGGCAACCGAUUAUGAUCAAACCGCAGAUUAUGUAUGAAAUCCAUUUUUCAGUACUCAUCGAUGUUAGUUCUUUCAGUUAUGACGGUGAAUGGGAGCCAACGGUUGAACUGUCAGACGGACUUAAAAUUCAAUUCCAUCGAAAUCCAUUUCAUAUGGACUAUGAUACGUUUUCAUGUGGUUGGAUUCGAUCUUUGAGCUUCAACAGAUUAUAA